AUUGUGUAUGAGGCCAAGUAGCACUAACGGCACUGCUCCAACAUGUGUGUCCAAGGCUGCGGCAGUGUCAUCGUUGCCUGGCAGCGGGAGGUCUGGCCCGAGUCCUCGGGGCUGCUUGUGGCCUUUGAAUGGCUGCGACCGGCAAGAGAUCCUCCUCGCUCCCAGUGCCUGGCUGGCAGGAAAAACUGCCAUCACUGUUUCUGACACAUAAUGACUCCUUUGAGCUGCUUCUUCCUCCCCUCAGAUGCCUCCUGGUAUAUUAAGCUCUUGCAGCCACUUGUUACGCCACAGAUUCGCCGUCUGCUGUUGCACACGAGCUGCAGAGUGAACUGUGGCAGCAUAUUUGUGUCGACACCGAGUUGUCAUGGAAGCCUAAAUCCCUUUUUUUCCCAUUUAAUUUCUCUAUGCGAAAUGCUUGCCUUCCGUUUUCGGGGCAGCAAGGAUGACCGGUGAGUUUAGCGUGCGGUCGCCGGACACGUCUCAUCGUGGCCCUCGGCCUCCGGGUCCCUUUCCCUUACUCUGUGUCUUUAGUUUGGAGGGUUGGUGGACACUUGCCUUGAUGUGAGGAUCUCAAAGGCUUACCGGAGCGUUUGGUCCUGAUCGGGCUGAGCUGCACAACGGGCACAUGGAGAACUUGGUCUCUGACAAGGGCGUGUGAGGGAGAACCUGGCAGAGUGCCGUUCGCGAUUCGCUGCGGUUGCAUCGCGGUUCUUCGGGUAUUUUCGCCGUCGAGCUGUCUGCUCUCCAAGCCGAUGCUUUUGCGGUGUUGACAUAAAUGGCAAAAGCAGUUACCAAACAAGUUAUGUGAGUGUUGACUGCAGCAGACCUGUGCGGUUAAUGUACCCAGCAACCUGUGACUUGACCAUGUGCUCUGUCUCAGCAGAGCGAACGCAGUGUAGUGUUGAUGCCAAUUACUUGAUAUUUAUAAGUGUUUCUCAAAAAAUUGUUGCCGUUGAUGCCAAUGACCGGUUACUUAGUACUCAGCUAUGAGCGAAUAUUCCAACGCAGCCCUGUAACAUACAACCGUUGGGCAUGGAUUCUGGUAUGUGUUCGCAUUACUUUAUGAAUAUUUUUCAUGUUUCCUUUUCUCUCGAUUGUCCUCCUAUGCCGUCUGUCUUCUGGGGACAUAUUGUCGUUCUGGCCUGAUGAAUCCCGCACGCUCCGAGUCAGUUCGUCCGAAUCGAGCCGGGUAACCGAGGCUACACCUACCGCCGUAGCGACUGUUGUGGUGACUAGCCCUGUGACGCCAACUCCGAAGGAGAGCCCCGGCUUGUCAAGGAAGUCCUCGGAGAGGCAAGAGCGUUCCGCUUCCCUUUCGAUUGACCUGGAAAGAGACGAUAUGUGGACCCGGCGCACCUUGACCUCGCCUAGACGCAGUCCCGUCCACUUCCUGCCUGUUCCAUCUGCCCAACACAACAGGUCAGGAAAGGCUGAGAACAACGGGGACCAGCUACGACGAAGACCCUCCUGGUUAGAUGCUGACGCUCUCUCCCCAACAUACAGCCACGGAUGCAGCGUGUCGGACGAGCCAGAGAGCAUGAGCAUGAUUGACGUGCGGUCCGAUGAAGAGGUCUUCCUCCAGCCCCACUCCCAGGUGCGCCACGAACUCAUGCACAACCAGUACAACAGACUGCGGGAGGAGGAGAGCCACUGGCAGGACGACCUGGCCCGCUGGAAGAGCCGCAGGAGGAGCAUCUCACAGGACCUGAUCAAGAAGGAAGAGGAGCGGAAGAUGAUGGAGCAACUCAUGACUGGAGAGAGCAGCAUAUCCCAGCGGAGGAGGAGCAUCAAGACUUACAGGGAGAUUGUGGAGGACAAGGAGCGCCGUGAGCGCGAGCUUCACGAUGCGUACCAGAGAGCACGCACGCCCGAGGAGGCAGUGGCAGUGCUGCAGCGCUAUGCCCAGCGCUUCACCAUCAGCGAGGCUGUGCUGGAGCAGCUGCACCUACCCAGAGUGCUCGAGAGGAGCAUGUCUGCUGACCCAAGCGGCCUGGGAAAAGACCCUAAUCCCCUGAGGUACCUGAGGCAGCAGUCCCUCCCAGUGCCCAAGUUCACGUCCACCCUUGAAGCUAUGGUGUCUGGGGUUCCAAAAUCCCAGCAGGGUCCAAGCCCGGCCAGUCGCUCUCCCCCUCGCAGCCUCUCCAGCCAAGGCGCGGAACCCAGGUCCGUCCAGGUGGAUGGGGUGGUGCAGGUGAAUGGCGACCAGAGGGAGAGGCUCAGCAAGGAGCACAAGAACAGGACUUCCCCACCCACGUUCCAGCCUUCGCCGACAGCCCCGGAGGUCUCGCGGAAAACAGCCCGGGCCCUGCCCUCCCGAACCCAGCCACCUCAGAAUGAGCCGGAGCUGGAAAGAGCAGAGACGCUCCUGGAGCAGGCGGGCGACCACGCCAUGAGAGACAUACCCCCUGCGGAGGAGAGCUCCAAAUCCGAACCCUUGUUCUUUGCGGCGCCGCUGCAAGAUGAAAGCAGGACGCGUCCAGAUCAGGAGCCCACGCCCACCCGGCCCACAUCCCUGCUCACUCUCCGAAGCAACGGAGUAGAGCAAGACGAGGCCCCAGACGUGAGAUCAGGCCUACAGGAGUCCAGCGGUGGAGCGGAAGCAGCCCCAGUGACAUCAGUGAACACAGAUCAUCAGUCAGGUGAGGAACCUGCAGGCUCUGAUGUGGACUCCGUGUCGACGGACAGGCAGCGCGUUACGGCCGAGGGUGUCCCGACAGACUUGGCGCACCAUCGCCAUGGCGAUAAACCUCCUGUCGCUACAGAGAUCAGCCAUGUGACCCUGGAUUUAGCCCACAGAGCAGGAAGCCAUUCACCUUCAACUCUCACUAUGGAUGGGCUGAAAAGUGGCAGUUUCCAUAAGCAGUACCGGCACCAACAGGAGAAGCUGAAACGGGAGUGGGACAGAGCACAGAGAGAGGUGGAGGAGGAGGAGAGGAGAUUUCACGAGCAGGAGCGGAGGAUCCUGGAGGAGACGGUGACUCCCUUGACGCCACGCUCCUCCUGUUUGACCUCCCCCGGCUGCGGAGAUCCCGGCCUGGCCAUCGUGCGCUCGCUGGCUGACUGGGAGCGUAAACAGGAGCUGUUGGAGAGGAGGACGAAAGGAAAAGAGAGAGGCGCAGAGAAUGAGGAUGAAGCAACGGACAGAAGCAGCCGUGACCCUUUGGCAGAACACAAGAGGGCGAAGGAGGACUAUAUAAAAGCAACAGAAAUCACACGGAUUCGGAGCUGCGGCCAGAUAUCGGCAAAGCAGAACGGCCGGAGAGACCCUGCGGACGCGGGCCAGGGGAAGGCAGCCCGCCCGCAGCACCCCCAGGGUACAUCAUGCGACAGCAGGAAGUGCUCCAAUGGGCAUCUGCAGGAGGAGGUGAGGCUGAAGACGGCCUCUCUGGACCGCAGCUGGAGCUGUCGGCAUGAGCCGUCAGGGGGGACGAAGAGGGCUGCAUCCUGCGAAAAUGUAGGAACAAAUUCACCUAAGUCAUCUUCAUCUUCAUCCUCAUGCCCAUCAGAUGUCCAACCCCCAUCCCCCAGCAGGUCGGUAAGCGGGAAGAAGCUCUGCUCCAGCUGCGGACACCCCCUGGGCAGAGGGGCCGCCAUGAUCAUCGAGACCCUUAGCCUGUAUUUCCACAUGAGCUGCUUCAAGUGCGGCGUCUGCAGGGGACAGCUGGGGGACACCAGCACUGGCACAGAUGUGCGGAUUCGCAACGGCCUCCUCAACUGCCAGCAGUGCUACAUUAAAUCCCGUGUUGCCGGCCAGCCCACAACGUUGUGACAGAACCUUCCCUAUGGAUGAUGAGAGGAUUUCGGGAGACUCCUCUUCCACCCCUGUUUGUCCAGACAGCUGCCACAGGUGUAGAAGAUGUGCCGUCUCAGCCUUUUCUAAAAAUCGGGGGCGGUGGGGCGGGGGCCACGGCAGCGCUGCCGACAUCACGGUCCGGCACCGAGACGGGACUGUCGCGGAAGGCGGAGGAACAUCUCCUCUGCAAUAGGUCCGUAUGGACGGUGCUUUGGCUUUUCAUUUACUGACAGUUUCUUUUUCCGUUUGGUUUACCAGUUACCACUUACCGCAUUUACCUUACAGCUCACUAGAACCACGCAAUAUUGGAAAGUAUAACCGCAACAGUCACAUUACUGCAGGUGGGCAUUGCUCAAAAAGACGUGUUUCGAAUUGUACUUCUGGCUCUGUUUUGAAGGACACCCAUCAAUGAGAUGUUCCUCUCGCUUCCUCUGAGGUUAUUUCUAAUCCGUUCAUAUUUUUUUUACCUGUAGUAUGCAUAGUUGAUAUUUAAAGACCAUAUUUUCCAAAAAUAAGUAAAUAAAACGGUAUUUAUAGCAGGUAAGACUUUAGUCUUUUUCAAAUGGAGAUUCCGUGGACGCUGUGGAGUACAGGUGGUAAGAAUUUAAAGUCACGUAUUCGAAUGCUAUACCCAACAACCGUAUACAGUGCUGUCUUGAUAUAAUCUUGAAAAAAACUUAUUUAAAUAAUACACUUAACUGCCCUUAAUUUUGUCAUGUCGCUAGCAAAUGAAGCACAGUAAUAAACUGCUUACGUCCAUAUGAAUGAUAUAUCCUUUAUUGACAAAACUUAUCCUAGUUUAAAAGGCCCAAACUGGCUUAGUUUCUGAAAUGGACUCUGAUUUGCAUGCUUGUUCUUUGUGUGUGGGGGGGUUUUUUUUUUUUUUUUUUUU